CGGCAAGGAAGGGGACGGCACGGAAAGUGCAGACCGACUCCCUACCGGUACCGAAGGCUUGGGGGUCGUGCUCCGGGGGUCGGGGAGGGCGGACUUACUCCUCACCUUCCCUUCCCCCUCCCCUUUUCUCUCUCUCUCUCUCUCUCUGUGAAAGUGGGCGGGAGAAAGACGGAGGAGACGGUUUCCUGACGGGAGUUUUGAGCGAAGUCGGAGCCCGGGGGCGGACUCCCCGGAGUGGGUGGUAUCCCGGCUGCGGCCGAGCGCACCCAUGCGGUUGGCGCGGGAGAGCCGGGCCAGGCCGGGCCGGGCCAACGGCCGCCGCUUAGUCUGGGAGUGCGAGUGUGUCCAGGCCGCCGUGUCGCGCCGACUCUGCCCGCGCCAACACACUUUUAACAACGCCCUAAAAGUUGCCGCUCGAUCAUUGUGACUCUUCUCGGCUCAUUUUCCUUUCUGCAGAUGGAGAGUUUCGACCCGCCCAAGUAACCGCCGAGGGUUCAGCCCAGAAGUGGCCUUUCACAUUUUGUCCUGUGGCGAAGGAGCCGUCGGUCACCUCCCGGGGCGGCCACCCAGACUUGGCUAACAGUUGCCUUCGUCUCUUAAUGGUCGAACUGAUCUAAUAUGAUGAAAGCUGAAGGUAAGGGAGAAAGGACGUUCAGGAGCGCAUCGCCCCACAGGAAUGCGUACAAGGCGGACUUUCAGGCUCUGAGGUGUACUUUUGAUGGAAGCCAUCAGGACAAUAAUUCUAAAAUGGGUGUCCAAAGAUCAAAUCGAGAAACUGAACAUAGAGACGAUUUGCGGGGAAGACAUUUCGGUAAUCGUGUGCACAAAAUAAAAAAUAUGUUGUUACAAAUGGGUAACACAGCAGAUGACGCGACUGAAAUGAAUGAAACCGGCAAGGCUGAUUUGCGUCCACUUUCUCCGCCAAAACAAGCAAGUGGAGCUGUCUGUAGUAGCGUCCAUAAGUCAUGUCAUAAAAUACCUAAUUCUGACAGAAAGCACAGUGAAGAUGGAGAUUUGGAUAAAACGAGUAUGGCUGAAAAAUUCACCGAAACGAGAAAACUUUUCGAGCGUCAAAUUGGGGAAAAAGUGUUUGAUAAAACCUCUCAAAAAAGCGAGCACAGAGGUUCAACGGGUAAUUAUUCUUCAGAAGGUAAAAGGAGCAGCUCAUCGUCUUCAGAAAGCGGAGUCAGGAAAGUUAAGAGUGAUUUAAAUACCCCAGCUCUGUCCAGCAGCAGUUCGAGAGAGAAUCUGAAAGCCGCUGGCGAUAUAAAACAUAAUCAGCCUCGUUCGUCACUAAACGCCGGGCCAAUUUCGCGACGAUUGGAAAGCUUUCUCGCGGAUAGCGACAGCGAUGAAGCAAACAAAGACAACAAAACAAACUGCGGUGCAACUGAAUAUCGGAUUACUGGAGGGCAACAAAAGUCACCCAGCACUUCAUUUACUAGUAAAGGCGCGCCCCCCGCAGGAGAUGAUGUGAAAUGGUCGUCUUCGAUUUCAGUGAGUAUAUCCACCAAGAAAAGCCCAGAUCCGAAAGAGGCAAUAAUUGACGAUUGUAAGACCCGUUUCAAGGCGCAAAAUGCAGACGGGUCUGGUGAAGAUUCUUGCAAUAUCUCUGAGGCAUAUACAUUUCAUAAAAGUACUGUUGCAACCAGUACUUCACUCAACAAUGAAUUGGACAAUCAUGUUUCAAAUCUACGUCCAAGCAAGAUGGGAAUAGUUCGAGCUGAGUUGGUGGAAGUUCAGAAUGAAUCUUCAGAGAGUGAAAUUGAAUUGGAUAAUGUUUUUGUUGAGAGGGAGAUGAGGCAACUUCAGAGUGUUAGCCAAGAGAUGGGGCAGAAAUGUGAAGUUUCUAAAAGCAAGGAAGAUGAAGAGCUGACAUUUGAUGACAUAACAAGUAAAUCAAAUGAUAGUGUUGGAGAAGAGGAAGAUGAGGAUACAGAGAAUACUGAAGAGGAAGACAGAAUUAGUGGAAAGGUGUUCUUGGGAUCAGAGAUUUGUGGGAUUGAGAAUGCUGCAUUUGUGGAUGAUAAAGAUACUGAGGGGUCUUUCCAAGAAGAAAGCAAAAGCAAGUGUGAUGAUGAAGAGGUUGACUAUAUCCUUGAUGAUGACUAUGAGGAAAUAUCUGGACUUUCUGAAGAAGAAGAGCCAAAGUUACAGAGAAGGGUUUAUUUCUCCACAGCACCAAUCAAGGUUUACAGUACCUAUUCAAAUGAUGACUAUGAUAGACGAAAUGAGGAAGUUGACCCAGUGGCAGCGUCAGCAGAAUACGAAUUGGAGAAGAGGGUGGAAAAAAUGGAUGUUUUUCCAGUUGAAAUUGAGAAAGGUGAAGGUGGACUUGGAAUUAGCAUUAUUGGAAUGGGUGUUGGUGCAGAUCAAGGACUUGAAAAAUUGGGAAUUUUUGUGAAGACUAUCACUGAGGGUGGAGCAGCAUAUAAAGACAAACGAAUCCAGGUAAAUGAUCAGAUAGUUGAAGUGGAUGGUGUCAGUUUGGUUGGGGUUACACAAAUGUUUGCAGCCACUGUUCUAAAGAACACCAAAGGCUUGGUCAGAUUUCUUAUUGGACGAGAGAAACCUGGACAGCAGAGUGAGGUUGCUCGGCUUAUCAGUGAAACGUUAGAACAAGAAAGAUGCCAGGAGGCAUUUCUUGAGCAGCACUGUAAUCGGUAUAGUGGAAGCGAUAUUGACCAGUCUGAAGAAUUUCCUGAAGAUGAAGCUGUAGCUAUGGGACUAGCUGACGUUUCUAAUUUAUCUGCAAAUGAUAAUCUGUGUUUACGAGGUGAUUUGGAUUCCCAACUUGCUCUUAAGCUAAAAGAGCUGAAAAUCGCUGAAGCAGAGAAGACUGAGUGGGAAAAUGCAAAGAAAAAGCUUCAGCAAAGUGUUGAAGAGAACAAGGAGAAAUAUGAAAAGGUGGAAAAAUAUUGGUUAGAGGCACAAAACCUUUGCAAAUCACUGAACGAGCAAUUGAAAGAGACCCAGUCUCAAUAUGAUGCAUUAGAGAAGAAAUAUAACAAGGCCAAGAAACUGAUAAAGGAAUAUCAACAGAAAGAGAUUGAAUUUAUUAGAAAAGAAGAGGAUCACAGGAAAAUUCUGGAAGAUCAAGAAAAAGAACAUGCAAAAGAGCUGAAGGAUUUGCAUGAGAAGAUUCAAGAGCUAGAAAAUGAACUGCAUUCUACUCAACAGACAUCUACCUUGCUCGGCUGCAAUGAACUGGACAAAGUAAAACCAGUGUUCGAAAAUCGAGAACAACUUGAAGAAAUUUGCACUGAAGAAAAUGAUGUGAUAAACCUAACUCCAAAACCUGAGGAGUGUGAAUAUAGCAGCACUUCAAAGAUUUGUGAAUUUGACGAGGCUGUUCCAAAAACCAAGCGAUUAGAUACAAGUUCACACAAAGCAAGAGCACAACUUGCCUUGAAAGUUAAAAGGCAGCCUCCUUCUAGAUUAAAACUAAAGGAAUAUCUUGGAGCUGGUGAUGAGAAUGAAAUAAUACAGAAUAAUGAGGAGGAAGAGAAUAAUGAAGAAUUUCUGCAAGCGGAAGCAUCAUGCUUUCAAAGUAGCUUGAGUUCAGUACAAGCUAUUGAAAAUGCAUCUGUUCCUUUGCCUGAGACAUCUACGAAAGAUGAGGGGGUAGAAGAAAAGUCUGAUGUGGCAAGCACAAUCAGUUUGCAUGAUCAAAGUCCUUCGGCAUCACCAUGUUCCUCGCCAGUUCAUAAGACAACCGAGAGUAGCACUAGCUCAAAGCAGUCUCUUACCAAAGUAUCAGCACCAUCAAGUUCUCCUUCAUCAUUUCUUACAAAGAUAAGGAAAAGAGAAAUAAAAGGAAAAAGGAAAGAGAACGAUGGAGGCAAGAAAAGUGAAGACGAACCAGUCAAUGGAAGUGAAAAUUUAUCAGGAAAAUCCAAGAGAAGAUUUGCCGAUUUUGGUGGAUUAAGAAAAUCUGGUGGAAAAGGCAAGAAAUUAGAUAAGGAAGACCAAAGCACUUCACUUGAUAACAGGGGAUCAAAAGAAUUGCUUGAAAGGUCAGGUGGUAACCUUUCAGCUGCAGAUUCAAUUUCGUCUAUACCAACUUGCAUGCCUUUUUCUUGGUUUGGGGAUAGUCGUAAAGAAGCUGCAACUUCUGACAACAGCAUUCCAUCACCUUCAAGUUCGCAUGACACUUCUUGUGAACAGGAUAAAGGAAAGCCUAGAAAUAUGCAGGUUCUCGAUUCAACUGGGAAAAGUCGAUGUGAAAUUCAGACUGUUCCUGAGUGGACAACCCAACAAGUCUGUCACUGGCUGAAGGAAAUUAAUUUAGAGCAAUACACAGCAGAAUUUUUUUCUAAAAACGUUGAUGGCGAACAAUUAAUGCAACUAGAUAGCAGUAGACUUAAGGCUUUAGGCGUUACCAGUCAAAAUGAUCGUGCCACCAUUAAGAAAAGGCUUAAGGAAAUUAAGAAAACACAUGAGAAAAUAGAGAAACAAAGAGAGAAGAAUCAAAAAAAAGAGAAAGAUCAACAGAAAAAAACUGGUACACAUGCCACAUCUGUAGAAACAAUGUGUUAAAUAGGACUAAGUGCAAUUGAGAACAAAUAUUGUAGAUAGUUGUCCUAUUUCAAUGUUGCAGUGUGUUGAAUGCAUCACAGACUUGUUGAUUCACAUAUGUAGAGUAACUCAAAUGUAUGUUAGUUUAACAAUUUAUAUUAGAGAAAUUUAUGGUACAUUUUCUGGUAUGUUUCAUGGAGUAGGUAAUUUUCUGUAUAUAAUGUUCAUACAUUUUUGUAGGUUUAUAAUUCUAUGCAGUCUUAAUUAGCUAUGGCCUUAAUAAUAGAUGAAAUUAAUAUUUUAUUAAAACUUAAGCACACUAUUAAAAUUUAAUCAAAUACUUGUUAAAGGUUGUUGUAAGUAUCUUGAAUUUCCUAAAAUGAUCCAAACUACAUUGCAAGGGAAAUGACACUACUCAGUCAAUUAUCUACAGAGUUGUAGAGAAUAAGGUACAAAGAUGGAACACUUAAAUGUUAUGCCUGUGCAUAUUGUUUAAUAUGCAUUUCCUCAAAGGCGUAAAAACAGCAAUAGCUUUCUCUAUUUACAGUGCAAACUAUAUAGUUAUAACUUUAUAAUUCUGUACUUUAUAAAACCAUUGCACAGAAGGGAUGCCACUGUUUUGUCUUGUGUCCUUUAAUCUUCUCUAUUGAGCUCAUUGGUGAUCAUUUUUUAUUCAAAUUAUAAAUGAUGAUCAGGAAUGAUUACAAGAAUAUCCCAUUGAUCUAAUAUAGAAUUCACGUAGACCAUGCUUUGACACUGUUGAUAUCCUUUGAGUUUUUCGAAAGUUAACUAUUAUCUUUCUCACAAGUUUUUAAUUGUGUGUGUAGCUAUGUUAUUUCAGUGGUUCUCUGAUUUCAGUUUCUAUACCUUACUGAUCUUUUGUCAUCCAAAAGAUGAAAAUCUUCCCAUCUUGUGUUACCCUGAAAUUUCAUAUUUGCCCAUGUAACAAGAGUUUUUGUUUCUUUAUUUCUUUGGGCUGAACAUCAGGAUUUUAGAAAUACAGCAUGGAUUACAUUACCUUCAUUUCCUUUCCACUGUCUGUCGAAAGAUAAAUUACAGCGGAUAUAAGGGUAAAACAUAACAAUGAUUAUUGGCUUGCAUCCAUCUGCUGCCAUUCUGGUCAGUUUUCAGACUUCUGAUAUCUCAAUGGUGUCCAUCUUAUUUCUGAUCCUGACAUCUCAUCGUGUUUUCCGUUCUUUCCUAUCCAUUUAGUACAAGUAAUAAUUUGAUAUUCAGAGCCAAUAUAUUGGAUUCCCUUACCUUUGAUUAGGAAUUAUUUUUAAUGAUUUAAGUAGAGAAUGUGUUAUGUAAUAUAUUUUUUCCAAUUUUAUAUUUUGAAUAAAAUUAGGAAAAAAUACUUUGACGUGUUACUUUAUGAAGAAACUAUACAAAUAGACACAGUACUUUGAAGGUCAUUAAAAUUCCUCUGUGAAAUACUUUCUCUAGAUUUUCACUUGCUUGCAUUUUCUGAAGUGAAAACUGAAAACAGAGCCAUUGUAUUACUAAUCAUUAAAAAUCUAGUCUAACUUCUUGUUACGUAGUAUGCACUCUUUUUCAGUGCAUCUCACUGCCAAGACCUACAACCAGGAAUCAACUUUCAGUUGUAAUUACAACUGUAUUUACUGGUUUUCUAUUCUGCAAACUUGUGUUUGUAUUCCUCAAUGUUAAUACUUGUUCCUGUCAUCUCUAAAGGAUAAUUUUAGUGAUAAAAAGAAAGGGAAAAUUGGCUCUUUUCCAUUCAUGUAACCACAGAAUAAAGAUAAGUAAUUAUUUAAAUAACAUCAGUAGGAUGUAUUUCCUUGAGGACUGUUCAUUCCUUGAUAGUCAUCUAAUAGUUGCCUUCUAUACCCUAAUGCUUUGAAUGUAUAUGUGUUUCCCCCAAGCUAUAAGAUUAAUUCUACUGAUAAAAACUGGAAAAUAUUCAGUUUAUCAUUUUUCAGUGGUAUCCCUUUAGUUAUUUAUUCUAUCCAGGUCCAGUUUCCAGUAACCCUUACCUCCUGUGUUCCUUUGUAUCUUCCUCCUCCUGAUUCACCAGAUUUUACUAUUUUUGUCUCCUUUCCAAUACUGACCCCCAUACACCCAUUUUCAUUCCUCUCCCUCUCCAUCCACCCACUACCCACGCCUUUUACACUCCCCAGUCUGCGUUUAUCUGAUCUUUCCUUCUCCCCUAAUGGUUCCCAUUAUCAUCUGAUGUUUCCAGCACUCUCAGCCUUGUGUUUCCAUCUAUCACUUUCUAGCACUGGUCUUUCCCUUCACCCUCCACACCUCUGCCUGUCCAUAUUUGCUCAAUUCUUUGUUUGCUUCUAUCUGUCACUCAAACGCCUCUCUUUCCGAACCCUCCCAAACCUUGCUCUUGCCUAUCAUCUUCAGUGCACCAAUUUCCUUUUGGUCCUUGACACACUCCACCUUUUUAUACUGGCUUUCUGCCCUCUCUGCCCCAAUUCUGACGUAAAGCCUCAAAAUCAGCAAUUCCUGUCCUACAUCAGAUGUUGUCCAGGCUACUGAAUUCCUCUAGCAAUUUGUACUUAGCUUUAGAUUCUAGCAUCUGCAGUCCCUUGUGUCUCCUCUCUGGGUUUUGUUUAGAUUUUGUUUACAGUUUUUGGAAUACGUGUGGUUUCACUCCUACCCCUUUAUGUUGAGAUAUAAUAGCAUCAGUGUCUUGAUUUGCCUACCAGCAACAGUGGGGCGGAGCUGGGGAGGGAAUGAAGAAUGCAGGAGGACAAGACCUUGGAGGGUGAGAAUUUUGAAAUCAAGACAAGCUUAAGGAAAGCAGGAAAACUAAGCUGAGGGCUCAAGAAUAUAUUUAUGGAAUAUGAAAGUUAAAAAUGGGCUUAAAAGGCAUUGAAAUAAUUGGAUCAAAGGAGAACAAGAAAUAUGGAAAAUUAUGGCUAGUUACCGAGGUUAGGGAUAGGUAGCCUAAGUCAUGAUUUAGUGAAUAUGAGCCAGAUGCCUUACUUGGGAUCAAAUACACCAAAGUAAUUAAAUAUCCUGGUUCAAUCUUGAACCAUAGCUAGGAAGAGGAAUGGAUUAGCAUUUGUAAAAGAGUGGUUGAUAGAUUUACAUGAUCUUGCUGUAAAACCUUUUGAAAUAAAAUACAAUUUGAAAUAAAAAGAACUUAUAAAUUUCAUUCAGCUU